AAUUUAUCGAUUAACAGUCAGCUGUUUACGCCUGCCAACUGCCAUCUCUAGACUUUAAAUGUAAAUUUAACGAUAUCAGCAAAACAUCAUAAAUAUUAGGCGAUUUUGAGAGAUUUUUCAAUGGCAGACGAUCCAAAUAAACCCUCUACCUCGUCGAAAACUGAAGAUGCUCCCCUGUUCCCGCCCGCGAAACCUGGAAAGCGAGUUGACUAUGGGACAAACAACACAUUGGAGCUGCUGGAGCGAAUUCCCAGCCAGGUAGUGGAUCUCAAGCUGGACGAGGUGCUGACAGCCGUCAAGGAAGUGGAUAAACUCUGCGACUAUCCGCGGUGCAAGACCAAAACCAGCCUUAUGGGCCAAGACUGCCAGCAUUGCAGGAAGAGAUUCUGCUUCAAACACGGACUGCCAGAGGUGCACGGAUGUGGCGAGGAGAUCAAGCGGGAUGAGCGCAAGAAGUUCCUGCAUCCCAAGCCGGCGAAAACUAUCAGACAGGAGGAGGAUGUGAAGAAUGCGAAAAAGCGUCUGGAUGCUAAGCUGAAGGAAAUGCAGUUGGGACGCACUCAAAAGGCCACCGGAGGAGGUUCCAAAAAGAAGAGCGGAAAAUAGGAAGGAGUAGGAUUGUAAUAGUUUAUUAAAUCUUAAAAAAUCCAAUGUUCUCACAAGGUGUUACAAAUAAUAUCAGUUCGAUCAAAAAUGCUAUUAAAUAUGGUGUUCUAUUUAAUGAAA